UGAUCGAUGACUCGUUAGAUUUCCUUCCUGAGAUCAUAAAUAAUUCAAAUUAUGUACAACUUGUUGCCGCGAAGAAACUCCGGCGCAAGUGCGUGGAAAAUCGAUACUCAUUCCUCUGACUGUAACUAAUAAUCGUGUGUUGAGUGCAAUCAAAAGAAUUCCGCUGUUGCAAGAGAGAAAUUAUGGAAAAUCUGUGGCUCGAAGUGUGUUCACGGCAGAAGAUCAAUCAAAAUGCCACACAAGAGUGGCUCGGGAAGAUCCUCAGGAACUAUUCACAGGACGAACGGGCGUAUCACAAUCAAAACGAUAUGUUUGCACACAAGGAAAAGUACCUUCGGGAGGGAAAGGCCAGCGAUUCGGUGAUUCUGGCAGCAAUCUUUCAGUACUACUCCUUCGAUCCCAAGAGGGACAGUCACACGGAGAAUUGCCAGGCAUUCAGGGAGUUCCUGGCGGAGGCAAGCUUGGCCGAGGCGCCUCUUGGGAAGUACGUGAGAAAACUCCUCGGCGAGAAUAUCGCCGAAGAUUUGGAGGGAUUCGAUGAAGAUGCACAGUUUCUGCAGGAUUUGGAUCUCGCCAUCCUGGGUGGAUCUCCGGAGGAGUACAAGAACUACACGGAACUCCUCCAGAAGGAGUACAAACACUUGAACACGGACUCUUACAAGUCAACACGAUUGAAAAUUCUAAAGACAUUUCUCACCAUUCCGAGAAUCUACUCGACAAACUUCUUCCGCGAGCGCCUCGAGGAAUCGGCCAGGCGGAAUAUCAAGAAGGAAAUUGAGGAAUUGAAAGCAUAAAAGCUGUGAAAAUCACUCGCCAGUCGUUCUUCGGUUGUUAUUGCAUAUGCAAAAUUCGCUUAAAUUCUCCCAAUAUAUAUAUCAAUAAAUCAUCUCACGGUAAAACUCACAGAGCAUUCGCCCAAGUCCUCCGGCGUGGCCAGAAGAUCUUCACAACUUCCUCUGAUUCCGCUCUCAUCGCACAGGCAA